ACGCGCAACGAUUAGGAGGAGCGGAAUGCUGGAAAUACGUAUGUAAUAUAUGGCACCUCUGGGAGAACGAGAGUUUUGUCUGUUUGGAAACCAGCAGCCGGAAUAAGUAACUGGAUGUAAAAAGAAGAAAAAAAAACGAAGAAGAAGAAAAAGAAGAAAUAAAUAUUCUGGAUUUGCUUGUUUUGCUAAGGAAAGGGGGAAAAAUAUCUUGUACCUCUAAUGUUCUGAAAAGCCUGAGACUGGGAAGACAAAGAAACAGGAUCGGAGAAGUUUGCCUGCUUCACUGAAAUGUAGACUCAUCCUAAACAAGGAUGGUGUGGCGGUAGUUGUAUGGAGUUGGAACUGGGGGCAUUUUUCGAAAGGAUAAACGUGGGAAACGGUGUUAGAAAAACUUUCCUUUGUUCCCCACACCGCGGACGAAUAACGAAGCAGGGGUCGCACGCUUGGAUUGUUUUAAAAACGAUUUCUUUACGCACGCUCUGCGCACACUGAUUUCCAAACUCCAAGAGGCGCAUGUUAAGCACGUUGUGCGAUAGUGACUGCGGAGGCACGCGAGGGAGACUCCGAAAGUCCUGCGUGAUGUUUUUACUUUUCCUCCUCGCGAUCGUGCCGUCCGGUCACGGGUGCCCGGAGGAAUGCUUGUGCUCCUCACAAACUGUGAAAUGCCAAAACAAGGACUUGGACAAGAUUCCGCAUUUCAUACCAAACAACACCAAAAUUCUAUUUGUGUCAGGAAACAGCAUUUCCCGUAUUAGUGGGGACUCCUUCCCAACCCGCCUGGAGCUAUUAACAGAUCUCCAUCUCAGUGGGAAUGAGCUGGAGUAUGUGGAUACGAUGGCAUUUAACAACUUGCCAAACCUUGUGUGGCUGGACUUGAGCAACAACACACUCCAGAAUUUCAGUGAAAGCGCUUUCCCCAGUGACAAUAAACUGCAGCACUUGAACCUCAGUAGGUCUUUGCACAAUCACUCCACCACAGAUGAGCUUCUAAAUUUCCUGCGCAGCAGGAACCUCGUCCAGCUGACAGUCUUGGAUCUGUCCAACAAUGACCUUGUGAUUCUUCCCAGCGAUAUAUUCGCUGGUCUUUCCAGCCUGGACAGCCUCAGCCUGCAGAACAGCUCCAUCAUCAAUAUCCACAACGGGACUCUCAGAGUGCCCCCAUUGCGUGACCUUGACCUGAGGGACAACAGCCUGAAAUAUCUGUCCAGCACCAUGAUGGCAGAGUUCAGCCUUAAGCCGGACCUCCGCAUCCAGCUGGCAGGGAACCCCUGGCAUUGCAACUGCUUUAUUGAGGACACGCUGAUGUGGCUGAAGAACUCCACUCAGGUCGUCGACGUCCAGAACCUGACCUGCACGAACCCCAAGGACCUGAGACGCCAGCCGCUUCUGCAGUUGGAGAAGUACGAGCUGAAGUGCUCGAUGGAGAUGAAGGGUGUGCUGGGGACUUCUUACGUGUUCCUGGGACUGGUGCUGGCCCUGAUCGGCGUCAUAUUCCUGCUGGUGCUCUACCUGAACAGAAAGGGCAUCAAACGGUGGAUGUACAACAUCCGGGAUGCUUGUAGGGACCACAUGGAGGGGUAUCAUUACAGGUAUGAGAUAAACUCUGACCCACGUUUGGCCAACCUGAGCAUCAAUUCAGAUGUGUGAAGAGGGGGCGUACAGCGUGGCACCAGCCUGGGACCGUGCAGUGAGAUAAUAAAUGACUUUAUACUAUUAAGAUUUGCAUGAAAGUCUUCCUCCCCCCUACCACAUGAUAAUACUCAGACUUCGCACCUGUCGCCACUCCUUUUUACCCACCUCUUAGUGACUUCCACAUCAGCCACUGCCGCAUGUCCCGUACCAGUCACCUGGCAGCUGCGAUGUCAGCAGCAUUGUCUCUGUGUAACAGUGCAUGGACAAUGAGUCAUGGCAAAGGGGUUUUCUGGACAGUUGCAAAAAGUGAUAUGUUCUAUUUUUACUUUCCCCUAAAGGAUAAACGAAUGAAGGGAACUGACUUGUAACUAAAAGAAUAGUUGGUGAAAACACUGCCAGUCGUUGCAUCCUUCUCGUAAAGCCUCAGCUGCAGACAAAUGUUACACUGCUUGAGUUUGUUUUUUAAACGUGAACAUGUGUAAUACAGUAUGCCUUCUUUUGAAUGAUUAUAGUGCACACUGCAUUAGCUCUUCAGAUUUAUUAGGUGGAUGUGAUUGCUCUUUUUUUUUUUUCCUCCUGUGAUGAUAUUGAGCUGAAUAAAAUGGCUCUGGAUUGCUGGUAUCUGUCUCAACUGAGGGCUUUUUAAUUGUAAGACUGAGGAAUGUGAUCCCAAAGCUGUGAUGAAGGAGUUCACGGGCACACACACACACACACACACUCUUACAUUCCCGAGGCAGGGCCACAGCUCGGCUAAAAACCACAUGACAAACACUAAAUCUCACUCCAGCUGUCAGCGAGCUCAGCAAUGUGUGAAACGUUUGCACUUUUGCCACUUAUAGUAUCUCCAGGGUAACAGUGUACGGCUGUGUUCUCAUUAACAAGCAACUUUCUGUGGAAAGAAGUCAAAUUCUGAUGCUGAAUAGAGGACACGUCCUGAAUUCAAAUGAGCUUCUGUCUGUGGGUUUAAAGGUGAUGAGAGUAGCCCAACUGUUAUCUCCGGUCCAAUUUACUUCACGCUGUGUGUCUGAUAAAGAACCACUGGCUCUGCUGCGACCCCUUCCCCUCCCAGAAUAAUGUCUGUGAGCCUGCACUGCAGCCAGAAGACUAAUCUCACUACUAACAGCUCCUACCAGCGUUUACUGUAAGCAUUUCAAUAUGCUCCAGCUGCAAAAACCCGGGAAAAAAUCAGUGUUCGUGUCGCUCCAUGGCACAUGCAAAUGAAGAAAAACCGAACCAGAGAUGCUGGCGCUCAUGGGGGCACACGGAGGUAUUAUGGAAAUGAGCCCAAGCGGCUUUUCUUUUCAUGUAACCCUUCUUUAGGGGAACUUGCAUCCCUGGAAGUAAGUCAUUAGUGUUUUUACUCAUCUGUCAGUUGCUGUUGUAUUGGGGGGGGUUAUUUCUUUUUUUUCAUGUUGUCCACUAUAGUAUGGAUUAAUAAUUUAAAAAUACGUGGUAUUCCUUUGAAGGGAUGCCAUGCGUGUUGCCAUCUAGCAGUACAAAUUAAUGAUGUUUGUUGUGUCUGCAUGCAGGAACAACUGUGAACUUCCUUGACCUUUAAAAAAGAAGAAAUAACAGAUAAUAACAGAUAAUCAUCUCCCUAUUCCUCAGUUUCUUUAAUGAAGGGGCUCACAUUGCCCGCAGCAUGCUAUUUCCAGUGCAUGCAGCGUGCCUCUUGCACAGAUUUCCUUCACAGUUUUGCCAGGCAUGCGUGUUUCUGCACAUCUGUGUGUUUCAGGGUAGGGGGGGAAAAAUAAGAGCUUUUGUCAUCAGCUGCUGCUGCUGUAGUUGGGACUGUCUCUGGAUGUGUUUGAUUAGACUUCUUGGAUAUCAGAAAAGGAAGUCAUGUGGAACGCUGUCUGUGUUAUCUGGUGCUCCGGUUAGUGUUGAUGCUUUGUGUGUCUCCUGCAGGCACGGCAAGUAGUGCUGUGUGAUACUGCAAAUUUUGGUAUCAAUGUGAUACCAAGUAAAUACGGGGCCAGCGCUGAUGACAUCAAUACCAAUACUUUUGACUUAUUAAGGCUGCUUAUGGAGGGGAGAGCAGUGUGUCAUGAUUUCUGAAAUGAAUCGUUAUCAGUUUGCAAAUUCUGAACACAUUUCAGUGACCACUGAAUCAUUGCGAUUUUUACUUUUCACAAUAAUAACACAACAAAACACACCUUUCAGCUUUGCAAAAAAAAUAAUGAAUUUCAUAGAAUUCAUAGAAUAGGUUACAUAUUGAACUUGGUAGAUAGAAACAAAGUGUCAAUCCAGUCAUGCUAUUAUCAAUCUGAUACCAAUAUCAGUGGCGUUAUCUAUACUAUCGGUAUCUUUAGCUUUGUGCGUACUAUGUGGACCUCUUGCAUCUCUCAAGAAAUUGGUUCAAACAACAGCUUUGCCAGUUUUAGAGAUGGGGAGGGUACUUUUGUGUGUAAUGUGUGUGUCCUCUAAUUCAACAAUGUCACCUUUGAUUUAUACCUUCCUCAUGCACGCUUUAGCGUUGAAAUUUUAGCCCAUUAAACAAGCCCUUACCCAACUGUGCAUUCGAAAUUGUUGCCGGCUGAUUUUUGAAAACGGAUGGUCUCAUUCUACACGCACACGUUAUUCCCCAAAGUGAGGCUUCUCACUUGGCCUUCCCAGGAGGGGCGUACAGGUGCAGGCUGCUUACAGCCUAAUGUUUCCACAGAGACCAUCAGUAAGUAGCUCUCCUCCUCGUACACUAUCUGCAGAUUCAUAUUAACAAGUGAUUUUUGCCCAGCCACGCCUCAAGCUACGCUUGGCAGAGCAGGUGUAAUUACAGUGAGAGAGAAAAGGGAGAGAAUGAAUGGCUGAAGGGGAAGCAGAAUAAAAUAGAUGAGUGAGGGGAGGGCUUUCUUUUCUUUAAGCAUGACGACACCGUCUCUGAACCCUUUGUGAUCGUUAACUCUAGUCUCCAAGCAGCCUGGAUGUCUAAAUAGCUGGCCGCUGACUUGUGGUGUCAAGUGAGGUCCAGUGAGGAGGUGGUGUCUCGGGCAGCUCUCUGGACUCCCUCAGCAGUCUGUUAGGGCCGUCGGCUAAAGCUCAUUUCCAGACAGGGGCAGGACUGAUGGUUGUACUUGUUAGUAAACAGAUACUGUUACAGAUAUUGGCACCAGAGGCUCAACUGGUACAUAUAUUGCCUACUUGUUGCCUCUUGUAUGAAUACUUACCCACAAAGGUUUCUACUCAAACCUCUGUAUGUGCUUGAGAGGUCAUUUUUUAAAUUAAUAUAAAUUCUUUGUUAUAAAUGAGUGCUUUUCAUGUUUAAGAACACAUAUAUAAGAAACUAUGUCUUUUUAUAAUUUGGUACUGUACAGAUUGUAUUUAUGGUAAGUUAAUAUGUUUAAUUAUGUUCAAUAUGCUUAAUUACUAUGACCUGCCCUUUAAAAUGUGGUUUUCUUGUAGUUCCUUUCUACACAAGUGUCCAUAUUUAUGUUAUGUUACACAAAUACAAAUUUUGGUUGACAAAUCAGGUAAACGUCUUCCCUAGAGACACAUCUUCUAGGCCCAGGUCAUAUUUGUUAUAAAAACCAUGGAGUAUGUUUUAUUUCUUUUUUAAAAAUCUCCCUAGAAUGGCACAUGACCCAAAUAUAAUAGAGAAAAAAACCCAAAAAUCAGACAACCCCCUAUGAGCAAGCACUUGGCAACAGUGGGAAGGAAAAACUCCCCUUUAACAGGAAGAAAUCUCCAACAGAAUCAGGGUGAGGAGAGAAAGACAGGACAAAAACAAUGUGGAAGAGAGGUAGAAAAUCAUAACUAAUUGUUAAAUGCAGAGUGGUGUAUAAACACACAGAAAGUGAAACGAUGUGAGUGAAGAACAAGUGCAUCAUGGAAAGCCCCCAGCAGCCUAGGCCUGCCAAUGUGAUUAAGGGAUGUUUCGAGUUCACCAAGAGUGUUAACUUGCAAUUUCCUAAAUGUUAGUAAGUUGGGGAUUGUUACUAGCAAAUAGAAAACUGAAUGGUAACACUCACCUACCUCCUAAGUUAUGACCUCAUAAACUACAAAAAAUGUCUUUUAAUGUAAAUAAGUUUCAUUUGAGAACAUUUAAUAAACCAUAAAUUUACAAACCUGAUAACGAACAGCCUCAGAUGUUUUUUUAAGUGUUUUCCUGUGAGCAGGAAGUGGAAGUUUAAGUGGGAUUAAAUAAAUGUGCAAAAGUAGAGACUUUAUCCCAUAAUUAAACAUGCAAAAAUUAUCUGUAUGUAAUUUCUCUGAUAGCUCCAAUUGCUUAGCAAGCUUUUUAAAGCAUUAAAAGGGAAUGUUGGUACCCUGCUCUCGAAGACCCCCACUUUAUUCGGCCAACACGCAGCUGAAGCCACAUCUUAGCAUUCAGCAAGACACAGAGCCAGUAUCACAGCUGAUAAUGAAGAUCAAGACUGCAGUUGAUUAUGUAACAGUCAUCUUACCUGUCACAGUGCUCACAGGAGACUUUUGUUCCCUGACUUUUGCUGUUAAGGUAGUGCAUCCUUCUAGACAACAGACUUGCCUCCCAGGGGGCAAACCCAGCCUUGUGCAUAAACCUGAGGAAGAAAAGUACCUCCCUUGUUACUGUCAGCCAUUCCCAUAACCUGGGUGUACACAGUAUAGCCUCCUAGCAAAGAGAAACUGAAGUUGCAAUGCAUUCGUUUUUAUAUAUCAGAAGGUCUGAAAUUUGUCAGUGUUUUGAGAACUGAAUAAUAAAACACCUACAGAUGAAAACUCCUGAAAACCCGACAGAACACUUACCCCAUUAUACUGCCCACACACACACACACACACACACUGUUCCCUGUUUGUUAAGCCACAUUUAAUAUGCCAGUGCACUUUCCUACUGUUGAGAGACAGGCUGGCAGGUUAUCAGAUUGCCAGAGUGCCGUAAUUACAUUCACCACACUGCACUGGUCUGCUGCUCCGCAAACACCUGGCACGUUGCCCCAGCUGCUGACCUUUCCCUUAGUAAAAAAAAGAAAAAAUCAGACUAUGUAAAUGGCGGUUGUGAGUGUGGGGGCAUGCUUUGUAGAUAACAAUUUUAAACAAAGCAACACGAGGUACAGAAAUCGCCAACACUGAUCCUCAUCCUUAAAGGUUGUGUAACAGCUUUUAUGAGGUCUUUACGCGUACGUUGGGGGCAUUGCUGGUCCUGGAGUAUUUGUUAUCGGCCCAGUCUCUUUCCUUCCCCCUUACAAUGCCUUGUCCUUCUCUAAUGUGGAUUUAUAAUGCCACGCUUGAGCCUCCCGCUGAGCCACACCAGGGCUUGACGACCACAAGCCUCCGUAAACGAAGACGGAUCUGAGCUGGCAGUGCCGCGGCCUU